GGGGAGGGGCGGGGGGAGGGGGGCUGGGAAAGUUGAGGCCGCGCUGCCGCCGGGUCUCCGGCCUUGAGGGCUCGGGCUCGCAGCGGCUGCGGUGGCCGCAAAAAGAGGCAGCGGGGGCGGGGGGAGAGGAGGGCCUGGGCCCGCGCUCCCCCAGCCCCGGAGGAGCAGGCGGUGGCCGCGGACGGAGAGAUUCGCCCAGACGGUCAGACACUCCUGCCUUCCCCUCCUGGGAUCAUGACCCAGGCGGGGGUCGCCGCCGUCGCCGCCGCCACCGCGGCCGAGACCGCGCAGCCGGCGGUAAGAAGAAAGCAUAACCCAUAGACCAUCUUCUGGCAGAAGAUGAUACAUUUGGAUCAGAAACGGGAGGCAUUGGAAGCCAGGAAUCAAAAGUGAAGAAACUCUGCAAGCCCUUAGGUUCCUAUUACUGUAACCAUGCCAGAAAUGACAGAGAAUGAGACGCCUACAAAAAAGCAGCACAGAAAGAAAAACCGGGAGACACACAAUGCAGUGGAGAGGCAUAGAAAGAAGAAAAUCAAUGCUGGGAUAAACAGAAUAGGAGAGCUGAUCCCAUGUUCUCCUGCCCUGAAGCAGAGCAAGAAUAUGAUCCUGGACCAAGCCUUUAAAUAUAUAACAGAAUUGAAAAGGCAAAAUGAUGAACUCCUGCUUAAUGGAGGAAACAAUGAACAAGCUGAAGAAAUAAAAAAGCUACGGAAACAACUGGAAGAAAUCCAAAAAGAAAAUGGCCGAUAUAUUGAAUUACUGAAAGCUAAUGACAUAUGCUUAUAUGAUGACCCCACAAUUCACUGGAAAGGAAAUCUUAAAAACUCAAAGGUCUCUGUUGUUAUUCCUAGUGACCAGGUUCAAAAAAAUAUUAUUGUUUAUUCCAACGGGAAUCAGCCUGGUGGAAACAGCCAGGGAACAGCUGUUCAGGGGAUAACUUUUAAUGUUAGUCAUAAUUUACAAAAGCAGACCGCCAAUGUGGUGCCAGUACAGAGGACUUGCAAUCUUGUGACUCCUGUAUCUAUUUCUGGAGUUUACCCUUCUGAAAACAAGCCAUGGCAUCAGACCACAGUUCCUGCAUUGGCUACCAACCAGCCUGUUCCUCUUUGUCUUCCUGCUGCCAUUUCUGCUCAGAGUAUUCUCGAGCUUCCCACAUCUGAAAGCGAAUCAAAUGUGCUUGGUGCCACUAGUGGCUCACUGAUUGCUGUUUCAAUUGAAUCUGAGCCUCACCAACAUCAUUCUUUGCACACAUGUCUAAAUGAUCAAAAUUCUUCUGAAAAUAAGAAUGGACAAGAGAACCCCAAAGUAUUGAAGAAAAUGACCCCUUGUGUUACAAACAUCCCCCACAGCUCCUCAGCAACUGCCACUAAAGUGCACCAUGGAAACAAGUCCUGCAUGAGCAUACAGGACUUCAGAGGUGAUUUUCAAAACACUUUUGUUGUUUCAGUUACCACCACAGUCUGCUCGCAGCCUCCCAGAACUGCAGGUGAUUCUUCUCCAAUGAGCAUUAGUAAGAGUGCAGACUUGACAAGUACAGCUACAGUGGUGGCAUCAUCUGCCCCUGGAGUAGGGAAGGCCACCAUUCCUAUAAGCACUCUUUCGGGAAACCCUUUGGACAAUGGUUGGACUCUUUCUUGUUCUUUGCCUUCUUCAAGUGUUAGUACUUCAGAUUUGAAAAACAUUAAUAGCCUUACACGAAUUUCUUCAGCUGGAAACACACAGACAACGUGGACUACUUUGCAACUGGCAGGAAACACUAUUCAGCCCUUAAGCCAGACACCAUCUUCUGCUGUGACUCCAGUAUUAAAUGAGUCUGGUACUAGCCCCACCACAAGCAACCACAGUAGACAUGUGGCUACAGACAUCAACUUGAAUAAUUCCUUUCCAGCAGAUGGGCAGCCAGUUGAGCAAGUAGUUGUAACAUUGCCUUCUUGUCCAUCUUUACCUAUGCAGCCACUAAUUGCCCAGCCACAAGUUAAAUCUCAGCCUCCCAAAAAUAUCCUUCCACUGAAUUCAGCAAUGCAAGUGAUUCAGAUGGCUCAGCCAGUUGGGUCAGCUGUUAAUGCAGCUCCAACUAAUCAAAAUGUUAUAAUUCUUCAGCCACCUAGCACCACCCCAUGCCCAACAGUGAUGAGGGCAGAAGUUCCCAACCAAACAGUAGGUCAACAGAUAGUAAUCAUACAGGCUGCUAAUCAGAAUCCUUUGCCACUCCUCCCUGCUCCACCUCCUGGUUCUGUUCGACUCCCCAUCAAUGGAGCCAAUACUGUAAUAGGGUCUAAUAAUUCAGUGCAAAAUGUUCCAACACCACAGACUUUUGGAGGAAAGCAUCUUGUCCACAUAUUACCAAGACCUUCAUCUUUAUCAGCGUCUAACUCAACACAAACUUUUUCUGUUACCAUGUCAAACCAACAGCCUCAAACCAUUUCUUUAAAUGGACAGCUCUUUGCUUUGCAGCCUGUGAUGUCUUCAUCAGGAACUACAAAUCAAACCCCUAUGCAAAUUAUUCAACCCACCACCAGCGAAGAUCCAAAUACCAAUGUUGCCCUGAAUACAUUUGGUGCUUUGGCCAGCCUCAAUCAAAGCAUAUCACAGAUGGCUGGGCAAAGCUGUGUACAAUUGUCUAUUAGCCAGCCUGCCAAUUCUCAAACUGCUGCAAAUAGUCAAACCACUACAGCUAACUGUGUUUCAUUAACAACAACUGCAGCACCUCCUGUGACAACAGAUAGUUCAGCCACACUAGCUAGUACUUAUAAUCUAGUGAGUACUUCCUCAAUGAACACUGUUGCUUGUUUGCCUAACAUGAAACCUAAAAGGUUGAAUAAGAAGCCAGGUGGCAGGAAACACUUAGCAGCAAACAAGUCAGCGUGUCCCCUGAAUUCAGUCAGAGAUGUGAGCAAGUUAGACUGCCCCAACACUGAAGGCUCAGCAGAGCCACCCUGUAAUGAUGGACUGCUAGAAAGCUUCCCUGCUGUGUUACCAUCUGUCUCUGUGUCCCAGGCAAAUAGUGUGAGUGUUUCUGCUUCACAUUCUUUGGGUGUUCUAAGCUCUGAAUCAUUAAUACCUGAGUCUGUAUCGAAAUCUAAGUCAGCAGAAAAGUCCAGCCCACCCUCCCAAGAAUCUGUAACAAGUGAACAUUUUGCAAUGGUCGCAGCAAAAUCCAAAGAUUCUACCCCUAAUCUACAACAAGAGACAUCUCAGGAUAAACCACCAAGUAGUUUAGCAUUAUCAGAUGCUGCCAAACCCUGCGCUUCAGCCAAUGUAUUGAUUCCAUCUCCAAGUGAUCCUCACAUUUUGGUUUCUCAGGUUCCUGGUUUGUCAUCUACAACAAGCACUACAAGUACUGACUGUGUUUCUGAGGUAGAAAUCAUUGCUGAACCUUGCAGAGUUGAGCAAGAUUCAUCAGAUACAAUGCAAACCACAGGUCUCUUAAAAGGGCAAGGUUUAACUACAUUGCUAUCUGAUCUUGCUAAAAAAAAAAACCCUCAGAAAUCAUCUCUUUCUCAUCAGAUGGAUCAUCCUGACUUUUCUUCAGAAAAUCCUAAAAUAGUUGAUUCAAGUGUGAAUUUACAUCCUAAACAGGAGCUAUUACUGAUGAACAACGAUGAUAGAGAUCCUCCACAGCAUCAUUCCUGCCUCCCUGAUCAAGAGGUUAUUAAUGGUUCUUUGAUCACCGGUAGACAGGCCGACUCUCCCAUGUCAACCAGCUCUGGCAGUAGUCGUAGUUUCUCAGUUGCAUCCAUGCUUCCUGAAACAACAAGAGAAGAUGUGACCAGCAAUGCAACAACUAAUACAUGUGACAGCUGUACCUUUGUAGAGCAAACUGAUAUAGUAGCUCUUGCAGCAAGAGCUAUUUUUGACCAGGAGAACCUUGAGAAGGGAAGAGUUGGCCUCCAGGCUGAUAUAAGGGAAGUUGCUUCAAAGCCUUCUGAAGCAUCAUUGUUAGAGGGAGACCCACCCUUCAAAUCACAGAUACCUAAAGAGAGUGGCACAGGACAGGCAGAAGCAACACCAAAUGAAUUUAAUUCUCAGGGUUCAAUUGAAGCAACUAUGGAGAGGCCCCUUGAGAAACCAAGUUGUUCUCUAGGAAUUAAAACAUCAAAUGCAUCUUUACAGGAUUCAACUUCCCAGCCACCAAGCAUCACCAGUUUAAGUGUGAAUAAUCUUAUCCAUCAGAGCAGCAUCAGCCAUCCUCUGGCCAGCUGUGCGGGUUUAUCCCCAACUUCAGAGCAAACAACUGUGCCUGCAACGGUUAAUCUGACCGUUUCAUCUAGCUCCUAUGGCAGUCAACCUCCUGGACCAUCUCUGAUGACUGAAUAUUCCCAAGAACAGCUAAAUACUAUGACUAGUACCAUACCAAAUUCACAGAUUCAAGAGCCACUCUUAAAGCCAAGCCAUGAAAGCCGUAAGGAUUCUGCUAAGCGUGCUGUCCAGGAUGACCUUUUACUGUCUUCAGCUAAACGUCAAAAGCACUGUCAGCCAGCCCCCCUCAGGCUUGAAAGUAUGUCCCUGAUGAGCAGAACUCCAGACACCAUUUCUGACCAAACUCAAAUGAUGGUCAGUCAGAUCCCUCCUAAUUCUUCAAACUCAGUUGUGCCUGUUAGCAACCCAGCUCAUGGAGAUGGCCUUACACGAUUAUUUCCACCUAGUAACAACUUUGUGACUCCUGCAUUGAGGCAAACUGAAGUUCAGUGUGGUUCUCAGCCUUCAGUUGCUGAACAGCAGCAAACCCAGGCAAGUCAGCAUCUACAGGCCCUGCAGCAGCAUGUUCCAGCUCAAGGUGUAUCUCACCUUCAUAGUAACCAUCUCUACAUAAAGCAGCAGCAGCAGCAGCAGCAACAACAACAACAACAAGCAGGGCAGUUAAGAGAGAGGCAUCACUUAUAUCAAAUGCAGCAUCAUGUACCUCAUGCAGAGAGCUCUGUCCACUCUCAGCCCCAUAAUGUCCACCAACAGAGGACUCUGCAACAGGAAGUUCAGAUGCAGAAAAAGAGGAAUCUUGUUCAGGGCACCCAGACCUCUCAGCUUUCCUUACAACCAAAGCACCAUGGAACUGACCAAUCCCGAUCCAAGAGUGGCCAGCCACAUCCCCACCAUCAGCAGAUGCAGCAACAAAUGCAGCAACACUUUGGAAGCUCCCAGACAGAGAAGAGCUGUGAAAACCCUUCAACUAGUCGGAACCAUCAUAACCAUCCCCAGAACCAUCUCAGUCAAGAUAUUAUGCACCAACAGCAGGAUGUUGGAAGCAGACAGCAAGGUUCAGGGGUUUCAUCUGAACAUGUAUCUGGCCAUAAUCCAAUGCAGAGGCUUUUGACAUCAAGAGGCUUAGAGCAGCAAAUGGUGUCCCAACCAAGUAUUGUGACUAGAUCUUCAGACAUGACCUGUACUCCACACAGGCCAGAGAGAAAUAGAGUUUCAAGUUAUUCUGCUGAGGCACUCAUUGGAAAGACAUCUUCUAAUUCAGAGCAGAGAAUGGGGAUAUCAAUUCAGGGUUCCAGAGUUUCAGAUCAGCUUGAAAUGAGAAGCUAUCUUGAUGUUCCCAGAAAUAAGAGUUUGGCUAUUCAUAAUAUGCAGGGUCGUGUGGACCAUACUGUAGCCUCAGAUAUCCGCCUUUCUGAUUGUCAGACGUUUAAACCAAGUGGAGCUAGUCAACAGCCCCAGAGUAAUUUUGAAGUACAAUCUUCAAGAAACAAUGAAAUAGGUAACCCUGUAUCAUCAUUGCGGAGUAUGCAGUCCCAGGCUUUUCGAAUUAGUCAAAACACUGGCCCCCCACCAAUUGACCGUCAAAAGAGAUUACCUUACCCACCAGUUCAGAGCAUCCCAACAGGAAAUGGUAUUCCAUCAAGGGACAGUGAAAAUACUUGUCACCAAAGUUUCAUGCAGAGCUUACUUGCCCCUCACCUCAGUGAUCAGGUCAUUGGGAGCCAGAGGUCACUCUCAGAACAUCAGAGGAAUACACAGUGUGGUCCAUCCUCUGCAAUUGAAUAUAAUUGUCCCCCAACUCAUGAAAAUGUCCAUAUUAGAAGAGAGAGUGAGAGUCAGAAUAGGGAAAGUUGUGACAUGUCGUUAGGUGCAAUUAACACCAGGAACAGCACCUUGAAUAUUCCUUUUUCAAGUUCCUCUUCCUCAGGAGAUAUUCAAGGUCGAAACACAAGCCCCAAUGUUUCUGUACAGAAAUCCAAUCCCAUGAGGAUUACUGAGAGUCAUGCCACCAAGGGCCACAUGAACCCUCCAGUCACAACCAACAUGCAUGGGGUUGCAAGGCCAGCGUUGCCACAUCCAUCUGUGUCUCAUGGAAAUGGCGAUCAAGGCCCUGCUGUACGUCAAGCUAAUUCUUCAGUUCCCCAGAGAUCAAGGCAUCCCCUGCAAGACAGCAGUGGUUCCAAAAUUCGUCAGCCUGAAAGGAAUCGUUCUGGAAACCAAAGGCAAAGUACUGUCUUUGAUCCAAGUCUUCCCCAUCUUCCUCUCUCUACUGGUGGCAGUAUGAUUCUUGGACGUCAACAACCUGCCACAGAGAAGAGAGGAAGUAUUGUUCGUUUCAUGCCUGAUAGCCCACAAGUACCUAAUGAUAAUUCAGGUCCUGACCAGCAUACACUAUCACAAAAUUUUGGUUUUUCUUUUAUUCCUGAGGGUGGCAUGAAUCCACCAAUAAAUGCUAAUGCUUCUUUCAUUCCACAGGUUACUCAGCCUAGUGCCACUCGAACUCCAGCCCUCAUCCCGGUAGAUCCGCAAAAUACUCUGCCCUCCUUCUAUCCUCCAUACUCUCCUGCUCAUCCUACACUGUCCAAUGAUAUUUCAAUCCCCUAUUUUCCUAAUCAGAUGUUCUCAAAUCCUAGCACAGAGAAGGUAAACAGUGGAAGUUUAAAUAACCGAUUUGGAUCAAUUUUAUCUCCUCCCAGACCUGUUGGGUUUGCUCAGCCAAGUUUUCCUCUUCUCCCAGAUAUGCCACCAAUGCACAUGACCAACUCUCACUUAUCCAAUUUUAAUAUGACAUCUUUGUUUCCAGAAAUAGCUACAGCGCUUCCUGAUGGCUCAGCAAUGUCACCUUUGCUUACAAUAGCAAAUUCCUCUGCCUCUGACUCUUCCAAGCAGUCCUCAAACAGACCUGCCCAUAACAUAAGCCAUAUUCUAGGUCAUGAUUGCAGUUCAGCUGUUUAAAUGCUGAUAAACGAAAUGUAAAGGUAAUGAGUGAGAUUACAAAUGUAUUUGUGCGUGCAUGCGCACAGACAUGUACAUGAAGAGAAGGAUUGUGUGUGUGUGUCUGUAUGAUCAGUUUUCAGUUAUCUUCUGAAUGUAGGGAAGCCAUGUCAGAUGCAGAUACUGGGUUGUCAGAAAACAAGUUAUCUUUCGUUUUCAACUGCAUGGUGUACUUUUUUAUUUUCCAAGUAGAUUUACAUUUCCAAGUUGAUAUUUCCUAAAUACUAAUUAGCUGGAAAUUGGGGGAGAUCAUCUUGUCAUGUACUGGGUAGUAGGAGGGAGCCUAGACUUUAAACUUGAUUGUUGAUAACUUAUGGAAUAUGUAGGUAAGUUGCUACUGAAAAAUAUAGGCAGCUUGAUAAAACACAGUGGCUAAGUGCUGGCUAAUGUCAGCAUCUAGAACAGCUUCUUACCUAUGACAGAUGUUGAACUGAUGUUGAGUUUAAUGUCCGUAGUUAAAGUCAAGCAGUUAGCAAAUAAAUAAAAGCAAUCAGCCUUUAUUCUCAAAGUUUGGUUUAGAUACAGGCUUCUUUCUAAAUUAUAACAAUCCAUAAAUUAUCUGAAUUUUAUGUCUUGUUCUUCAAAUUAGGGAGCUGUGUUAUCCUUUAAUGUGCCAAGAUUAUUUAAAGCAAAGGUCUUCCUUAGACAAUUAUUUAGCCUUAAAUAUAGAAAGCUAAAAAGUUAAGUACAUACAUAUUCUCCAUUUUGUGCUUGCAUUUUGCAUCAGGUCAUAAGGGUAAAAGCAGUUAGUUGUAUUGUGGAGUUUUGCAUGGGUGCAGUUAACAAUGGAUGUUUCAUCAACUGAGUUUAAUUUAGUAUUCUCUCUUCAUUCUAUUUAUUUGGUCUUGAAAUAAAUUCUUUUGCAUUCAUUUAAAUAUUAGGAUUGAUCAGGAAAUAGUGUUUGUAAUCUACACGUUUAUUUGAGCCUUACUUUAAAAAUAUUUCUGAACAGAGAUUUAAGCUCUGUCAGUAUUUUCAUUUACUGAUAGUAUUUAUAUUUUAAAUAUGGCAUUGUAUAUUUCAUUAUUAUCCUUCAUAACAGAAUUAUAAUGAGAAUAUGAAUUUGUUAUUUUUCUUGUUGGUAGAUGUGAAAUGGUGCUUCAAAAAAUAUAUAGUCUUUCUGUAUGUCUCUGUGUGUGUAAGUAUGUGUGUGUGUGUGUACACAUAUUUUAAAGUAUGAAUUGGUCCUUUAAAAACAGGCCUGCCAUCUGAAAAUGGGAAAUUGAGACCUGAGACCUGCUAAAGCAUAGAAGAACUUGAUAUAGGUAGGGUUUUUUUUUUUUUUUUUUUUUUUUAAUAGAUGGAGUCUGGCUCUGUUGCCCAGGCUGGAGUGCAGUGGCGCGAUCUCAGCUCACUGCAAGCUCCACCUCCCGGGUUCAAGUGAUUCUCCUGCCCCAGCCUCCUGUGUAGCUGGGACUACAGGCACGUGCCACCACACCUGGCUAAUUUUUGGUACUUUUAGUAGAGACGGGGUUUCACCGUGUUAGCCAGGAUGGUCUUGAUCUCCUGAUCUCGUGAUCCACCCGCCUCGGCCUCCCAAAGUGCCAGGAUUACAGGCAUGAGCCACCGUGCUUGGCCUAGGUACAGGUUUUUAAAAGCCCCACAGAAGUUUAUAAUACA